GGGCCAUUUAAAUGUGUGUGAGGGAGCCUGUGAAAUGGCUGCGCAGGUCGCUCCGGUGCGCGCAGUGUCCCGGGCCCCGGAGGAGCCGCCCCCGCUCCCCUCAGGGGACCGGCCCGGCCGGCCUCGCGGUGGCGGGCGGCGGCGGCGGGGAGGCCCCCCCGGUGAGGCGGCGGGCGGCAAGCGGGCCCGGCUGAGCCAGCCGCUGCUGGCGGGGCCCGGCCCGGCGGAGCCGCUGCCCCCGGCCGCCCUGCCCGGCCUGCCCGCCGCCGCGGGGCUCUUCACGUUCUCCCCGCUCAGCCUGCCGCCGCCCGAGGAGCGCCGCCACCACCACCACCGCCAUCGCCCCGCCGCCGGCCCCGAGCCCGGCCGCCUGGCCGCCGGGCAGCCGCAGAAGGCGAGGCGGGGCAGCCCCGCGGACGGGGCAGCCGGGCGGCCCAGCAAGCGAGAAACACCAGAUGAAAAUGGCAAAACCCAGCGAGCUGACAGUCUCAUUAUGAAGAAGAUAAAGAAAAAAAAGAAAAAGAAACACCGGGAAGAUAUGAGGGGAAAGCGCCUGAAGAUGUACAACAAAGAGGUGCAGACGGUGUGUGCUGGACUCACUCGCAUUGACAAAGAGACUCUGUCUCAAGGACAGUGUGAUAACUUAGAAAUGAACAAGGAAUCCUUCAGGUACCUGAAGGACGAGCAGCUCUGCAGACUGAAUUUGGGGAUGCAGGAAUAUCGAAUACCCCAGGGAGUACAAACACCGUUUGUGACGCACCAGGAGCAUUCUGUUCGCAGCAGCUUCUUGAAAACUGGCACUAAAUUUAGUAACUUCAUUCAUGAAGAACAUCAGUCCAAUGGCGGUGCUCUGGUCCUUCAUGCUUACAUGGAUGAACUCUCAUUUUUGUCUCCAGUGGAGAUGGAGAGAUUUGCAGAAGAGUUUCUUGCGUUGUCAUUCAGUGAAAACGAUAAAAACGCAGCUUACUAUGCUUUAGCCAUAGUACAUGGAGCAGCUGCUUAUUUACCAGACUUCCUGGAUUACUUUGCUUUUAACUUUCCAAACACUCCAGUGAAAAUGGAAAUCUUGGGCAAGAAGGACAUUGAAACUACGACGAUUUCGAAUUUUCACUCUCAGGUCAAUCGAACGUACUGCUGUGGAACCUACAGAGCAGGACCCAUGCGGCAGAUCAGCCUCGUUGGAGCGGUGGAUGAAGAAGUCGGGGACUACUUCCCAGAAUUUCUAGAUAUGUUAGAAGAAUCUCCAUUUCUUAGAAUGACUCUGCCCUGGGGAACCCUUUCUAGUCUCCGACUUCAGUGCAGGUCACAAAGUGACGAUGGUCCCAUCAUGUGGGUGAGACCAGGGGAGCAGAUGAUCCCAACAGCUGAUAUGCCAAAAUCGCCAUUCAAACGGCGCCGGUCAAUGAAUGAAAUAAAGAAUCUGCAGUACCUACCUCGGACCAGCGAGCCCCGCGAGGUUCUGUUUGAGGACAGGACGAGAGCUCACGCUGACCAUGUGGGCCAAGGCUUUGACUGGCAGAGCACAGCUGCGGUGGGCGUGCUGAAGGCUGUGCAGUUCGGGGAAUGGAGUGACCAGCCUCGUAUAACCAAAGACGUGGUUUGUUUUCAUGCUGAAGAUUUCACUGACGUUGUGCAGAGACUUCAGCUGGACCUGCACGAACCUCCAGUGUCACAGUGUGUUCAAUGGGUGGAUGAAGCCAAACUAAACCAAAUGAGACGGGAAGGCAUUCGCUAUGCUAGGAUUCAGUUGUGUGACAAUGACAUCUACUUCAUCCCUAGAAAUGUCAUUCAUCAGUUCAAAACAGUGUCAGCAGUCUGCAGCUUAGCCUGGCACAUCAGACUUAAACAAUAUCACCCUGUGGGGGAGACUUCUCAAAACGCAGAAAGCAAUUCAAGCUUGAACAGUAGUGUUCCUGGACAAACAGAGUCAGCAGGUGAAGCCCAGGGCGCGAGUGUCAAAAUAGAGGCGGAAGAAGCAGGUGUAGACACGCAGCUUCCCGCAGGGCUGCUCUCCUCCUCUGGUUCUUCAAUAUCAGGACUUGUGCAACCCCAUCAGGUGGCCCAGCCCCUUCCAGGUUUUAAGAUAGAGUCUGAUCAGCAACACAAUCCACAGGAUCAUGCAGGCUCUUCUGUGUGAUAUGUAUAUAAUCAAACGUUUUUUUAACAACUUUUUAAAAUUUUGAUGUGAAGUUAUAGUUUUAUAACUGGCUUAUGUUUUAUUGGAGAAAUCUUGCCUAUAAUUCUAUAAAGAAAGGUGACAUUCCAAAAUGUCAAGCAUAUCUUUUUUACACAGAUUAUGCAAAAUUCAAGUUGUAUUUUAACCCCUUAGUACAACCUGUACCAGUGGUCUACCACUUCUUUCUGUUUAAGUAAAGAGAUAUUGAAUAUCUCCUCAAAGUCAGAAUGAAAUUCCUCCAGGAACAUAAGAUUGAACUGUAUUGGUCAAUGUUAUUUCCCUACUUUUACUUUAUCUCUAAUCUCCACCAGGAAGUGAUGCUUUUGUAGAAGACUUGCAAAGUGACUUUCCCACAUCAUUUUAAUUGCUUAAAAAAAAGUAAAGAGAAAGCACAGCACUUUUGAUGAUUUGUGAAAUUUUUGGUAUGUCUGUUCUUGACACGUUGGUUUAUAUACAAGUUGGGUUUAUAUACAAACUACAGAAACUGAUCUUUAUUUCUUACCGUUCCUACAAAGGUAAAAUUAACUGAAGUGUCUGAUCCUGUUGCCAUGCAAUGACUUGCUGACCUAGCGCUUCUCAUAGCACCGCUUCUGUUUGGCGUGAGGGUUUUGCUUCCAAAACACAUCUUCCCUGAACGUGGUUAAUACUAGCGUCAAAAUUAGUGAACCUAUCGGUAGUCUCAUGGAGGAAACCGCUACCUUUGAGCACUUUAAGGCUUUAAAAUACUAACCAACUUGGCAGCUUGUUUUGACCAGGUCGUACCGUGUCCGAUGGAACCACACUUGCCCUUGUACUGAUGCACUUACUGCAAUAGCGUUGAGUUGGUGACUCCCCCAGUAAGGCUGUCCUUACUCUAGGAAGUUCUGUGUAACUAUUUCACAAUAAAAAGAAGUAUUCUGGCAUUGGACUGCUGUUUCCAUGUGUAGCUUUUGGGUGCCCAGGUACUGUGGAAAACAAAAUCAGUGGCACGUGCUAAAUAUGUAGAGUGUCAGCUAUCAACCGUUUUUAAACAAUCUUUCAAUAUUUCUGGAUGUUAACAUGUAAUCUGUAUUUGCCUUUCACCCCGUUCGUUACUGCUCUUUCCAGUCAUCAAAAGGAAAAGUCCUGUCCCUUCCUCCCUGUUCCCCUCCCCACAUUUAGAGUACAAGCUGGGUUUUGGUGCAACUUAAGCCGUCUCCAGAUAACUUUGUUCUAAUCCUCACUGGGGUAGGAAAGAUUUGAAACACUAUGUUAGACUAGACAAAAGUAAAGAUGCCGUGUUAGUUCGGGAUGCAUCUUUUUAAUAUCAAUUAUUACUCUUCUCUUUAUAAGGGUCUCUAAAAUAUGUUACUCUAUUAUAAAUCUUACUUUGUGCAAUAUUGUUUGUGUAGGCUUUUAUAUACAUAUUAGCACCUCAGUGUAGAGGUCACUAUUUUAAACUGAUAGGAAAAUAAUCAUCAGAAGAUACUGCAGUGAUUAGUUAGAACCUGUAUUACUCCUUAUGUGUAUGUAUGUAUUGUCUUCGGUACAAAAAUGAGGACUAGGAAAUAUUUCAAUUUAAAACUAAUUUACAGAUUGAAGUGGUAGUGACUCGUUUAGUAAUCUGUGUAAAUAAGGUGUUAGAAUGGAAAGCUUUUAUGAUAAAAAGUAAUGUGAUUCAUGCAGGGGUGUAAUUUAAUCUUAGCAGAAGUUCUAGAUGACCCAGACCGGUUCAUAAAUGAGCCGUCUGUUCUCUGGUGGGUUUUUUUCCACUUUUUACGUUGAGAGGAAUUUCAUAGCUUUAAGGGUUGUGCAAAGUAAAAUUCCUCACAGGCAAUAGUGGUUUCAGUUCAUCCUUCCCAUUCAAAGAUGGUAUUACAAAGGGUGUUCUUUCCUUUUGACGAAGUCUGCUAGUCUUCCAAGUGCCCAUCUCGCUUCUCACACGUGCAAUUCUCGGGUCGUGUCGGCAGAGGAACAACUGAGUUCUUUGACAGCCAGCGCCGGUACAACCGCUCAGGAACUGACAAACCUGCAGCUGCCACCAUCAUUCUGCAACUGUAACUUAUAAAGGCAGAAUAAACAGAUGAAGAGCCCCCAUACACCAGCUUGUCCAGUUUAUAGCGCGAGUGGAAAUAGGAUGAAGAGGGAAUCUGCUUUGGAAGUCCUCUGUGAAUUCUGAUAGCGUGUUUUCAGUUGGCUAAAGGAAGAAGAACACAGUGGCUCAAGUUGCUUUCAGAGCUUUAGUGUCACUUGGGAUAGAGGUGAGCAGCUCAGUUGUGUUAGGAGCAGAUUAGCAAAACGCAGUUUAAAGAACUACCAGUUGGCUUCAGUCUCCUCUCUCCUUCAGCCGUGCUGCGAGUCAUUUUGUGCAGGUACCUGACGCAUUCUCUUCCAGGAAGGUGGGACGCUCAGCCGGGUGUUCUCAGGGGAUUUAUAACCAACAUUUCCACAGGUAUAGGUGUUGCCAUACAGAAAAAGGGCUCUGUGCUGCGCUCUGCCUGUUGCAGCAUCGUUCCCCUGGACCAGGCUCAUGGGCUGAGCUUUUCCCAUGGGCUGAGCUCAAGUCCUUAGUCUGGUGCGGGCGGCUCCAGGCCUGAGUCAACUGAGUAAUAAAGGCUGAAAUUAGAGGUUUGGAGGGGUGCUGAGUGUUGGCAGAGGGGGGAAGGUUUGGUUCUACCCCCAGAAAAGUGGCCCCUCUCCCCUAAAUCUCAUCCUGUAUAUUCUGUGCUGUCCAGAGAGCAAACCCCACGGUGUGGGGAGGCGUCUGCAGGACACUCCGUGUCUAGAGAAACACACACGCUUCUAAUUCCUUUGUACAACAUGUAAAGAGACUCCUCUAUUGCUGGUUCGUGAUUAUUUCUGUUUAAAUUUCACUUUGAUUGGCAGCUAUGAUUUCUUUUUCUGUGGUUUUAAUUUAUCUAAGGUCUCUGCCUCCAAGGACGUGUACAAUUGCCUGGAAGACUGUUUGCUUUGUGCGGCCUUAGUAUAUUUAUUGACAUUAGCAAGUGUUGGAGGAGGUUUUCCCAUGGUUGUGGCUGAGCCUCGCUGUGAAUGCUCGAGCGGCAGUAGCUGUACACCAGUGUCAAACUGUUACGCGAUUUCUUUGUAAAAUAGUCCAACGGAAUGCAUAGAAUUUUUUUCCUGUAAAGUAUUUUUUUAAUAAACAAAAAGUCUGAUUUUUGUCCUUUA